CCCCCCCACCCCGCUCCGACUCUCAAUGUUCCACACUGCCCGGCCACAGAGCCUCCUCGGCUGCUUGAUUUCCCCCCGGCUGCUCGCAUCCCCUCCAAGGACGUUUCCUCCCCUUCCCUCCCUUCCCCCCUCCCCUCCGAUCUAACACCGGGACAGGACGCCUGGCGAAGUUUCCCAAGAUGUCCAGUGACAGGCAAAGAUCUGAUGACGAAAGUCCCAGUACCAGCAGUGGUAGUUCAGAUGCGGAUCAGAGGGACCCACCGGCUCCUGAGCCAGAAGAGCAGGAGGAAAGAAAACCUUCCGCAACCCAACAGAAGAAAAAUACUAAACUCUCCAGCAAAACUACUGCUAAGCUAUCCACUAGUGCUAAAAGGAUUCAGAAGGAGCUAGCUGAAAUCACCCUGGAUCCGCCUCCGAACUGCAGUGCCGGCCCUAAAGGUGAUAACAUUUAUGAAUGGAGGUCUACUAUCCUUGGUCCCCCGGGUUCUGUAUAUGAAGGUGGCGUCUUUUUCCUGGAUAUCACGUUUUCUUCUGAUUAUCCAUUUAAACCACCAAAGGUUACUUUCCGUACCAGGAUCUAUCACUGCAACAUCAACAGUCAGGGAGUCAUCUGUCUGGAUAUUCUGAAAGACAACUGGAGCCCCGCUUUGACUAUUUCAAAGGUUUUGCUGUCUAUCUGUUCCCUCUUGACAGAUUGCAAUCCUGCUGAUCCUCUGGUGGGAAGCAUAGCCACUCAGUACCUGACCAACAGAGCAGAGCAUGACAGGAUAGCCAGACAGUGGACCAAGAGAUAUGCAACAUAAAUCACAUGACUACUUUUGUGCGGUGUGAAGAUGCGGGAAUGCAGCUUCGCUGUGCGCAACCAAUCUUUAUAGCCUUUACAAUACGGACUUCUGUGUAUAUGUUAUACUGAUUCUACUCUCUGCUUUUAUCCUUUUGAAGAUUGGGAUACUAUUUCCCCCUCCCCACUUCCCCCUGCCCCUCCACCUCCACUCCCCCCCCCCCAGAAAGGUAAAUGCUAUCAAGAGUAGAACUUUGUAGCUGUAGAUUAGUUAUGUUUAAAAUGCCUACUUGCAAGUCUUGCUUCUUUGGGAUAUCAAAAUGUAUUUUGUGAUGUAACUAAGGAUACCGUUCCUGAAGUCAACCAAAUAUUAUAGUGCAUUUUAACCUAAUUCAUUAUCUGUAUGAAGUUAUUAAAGGUAGCUGUAGAUUACUAGGAAAAUUACGUCAUUUGUAUUAAGCCCAGAUCUAUUUCCGAUAUGUGGUACAUGCUGUUGUGAAAACUGUUUUAAACUUUUACCUUUGUCAGUUUGUAAUGAAAGGGUUUCCUUUGAUUUCCCCGCCCCCCAUUGCUGCCACUUUGUAGCUCAGAGAGCAUCCAGUGUAUAAUCUCAAACACAAUAAACACCUUCCCCAAGGAA